AUUAAUAAAACAGAAAUAAUAAUAAUUGAUAAAACUUCGAGGGCGGAGCGUGAACUCCACUCUCUUAUCUCUGUCCUCAUGGGUGGAAUCGUGUCUACUACUCCUCCGUCCCACAAGUUUCCGUUGUCGACCGUGGAAACUAGUCAGUAUCUUCGGCCAUCGAAACUUCUAUUAAAUGUGACUGUGGAGAACAGCUUGGGCGCAAUUCAGGUGCUCAUGUCGCCUGAAGACACCGUCGCCGAUUUGGUAAAGGCCGCAUUGCUAAUUUACGAUAAGGAUAAAAGGAGGCCACUCUUGAAGGACACUGAUCCGAAGUGCUACCACCUUCACUAUUCCCCUUACACCCUUCAAAGUUUGAAGCCAAAUGAGAAAUUGAAGAACUUGGGAUCAAGGAAUUUCUUUCUCUGCUCGAAGCCUCCCACUUCCUUUGGUUUUAUUUGA